ACUGGGAGCUCUGCACUCACUACAAGGGGUCAAGGCAAAAUUAGAGUAGGGCGGGGGAAUUUGAUUCUAAAGGAUCAGUCUAUUUUUUCUGCGCCCCCCCUCCUCCUCCCCCUUAUUUUUAAUUGCUGUAGAGAAAGAAAUACGGGAAGGAAAAACUCUUGUGUGGAGAGCGAGGACAGGAACAGCUGGAGUUUUCCUUGCAAGAGGGUGGGGAGCAGGGGAGGCUGUUGUGUUAGCUGUAUCCUGAGUCCUCAGAACACCUCUGCUCUUGCUCGGCAGCUUGGGCUGCACGCUGCCGUCUCAAAGGUCGCUUGUGAUAAACAUAGGGCCUCCGCCCCCCAACCUUGGGUGCUACGGCUUUGGCUGUGACAUUCAGUCUUUUCCAUGCUGGAGAAGUAGUAGCGAGCGAUGUGAUAGACAGAGGGGGACGCUGCUGGCUUGGCUGGACCUGCUGCUGCUGCAACCAUGUGUCUCUCUCUCUGGCUGUGACACAGUAACAAGGAAAUUGGUGGGAUCUUUCUUUAUCUCCACAAGGGAAAGGUGACCUGCACAAAGGCUGGCAGCGAUGGAGGAGGACAUGGGCAGCAUGCAACAGAAGGCUGCUGAGCUGGAGCACAUGGCUGAGGUCUUGCUCACUGGGGAGCAGUUACGGCUCAGACUGCAUGAAGAAAAGGUAAUUAAAGAUCGAAGGCAUCAUCUCAAGACAUAUCCAAACUGCUUUGUUGCCAAAGAAUUGAUUGACUGGCUGAUUGAUCGCAAAGAGGCCUCAGACAGAGAGACAGCAAUUAAACUUGUGCAGAAAUUAUUGGAUCGCAGCAUUAUCCAUCAUGUUUGUGAUGAGCAUAAGGAAUUCAAGGAUGUCAAACUUUUCUACCGCUUUAGGAAAGAUGAUGGAACUUUGCCACUGGAUAACGAGGUGAAGGUGUUCAUGAGAGGACAGAGGCUAUAUGAAAAGCUGAUGAAUUCUGAGAACACACUUUUACAAGCCAGGGAAGAGGAGGGAGUCAAGUAUGAACGGACCAUCAUGGCAUCUGAGUUGAUAGAGUGGCUGAUCCAGGAAGGAGAAGUCACAACAAGGACUGAGGCAGAACAGCUUGGCCGUAGACUGUUGGAGCAUGGAAUUAUACAGCACGUGUCCAACAAGCACCAUUUUAUGGAUAGCAACCUGCUGUACCAGUUCAGAAUGAAUUUCCGCCGGCGACGGAGGCUGAUGGAGUUGCUCCCUGAGAAAUCCCGUUUGAUGCCAGAAAGUCACGACAGUCCCUUUUGCCUGCGCAAGCAGAACCAUGACAACCGAAAACACACCAGUUUUCAGUCAGUGAGUCCCACCAAAGAGAUAAAGAUCGUGUCAGCAGUCAGAAGGAGUAGCAUGAGCAGCUGCGGCAGUAGUGGUUACUUCAGCAGCAGCCCUACCCUCAGCAGCAGUCCCCCAGUAUUAUGCAACCCAAAAUCUGUAUUAAAGAGACCAGUGACUUCUGAUGAACUCUUGAUGCCUGGAGCCCCAUAUGUAAGAAAAACAUUCACAGUUAUUGGUGAUGCUGUCGGGUGGGGUUUUGUUGUGCGGGGGAGCAAGCCCUGCCAUAUUCAGGCUGUGGAUCCCAGUGGCCCUGCAGCUGCGGCAGGGAUGAAGGUCUGUCAGUUUGUGGUUUCUGUGAAUGGACUCAAUGUUCUCCAUGUGGACUACAGGACCGUGAGCAAUCUCAUUCUGACUGGCCCUCGAACUAUUGUCAUGGAAGUGAUGGAGGAAUUAGACUCCUGAGAAGGAAAUUUCCUCACUGGAAGCUGUGAAUAGAAAUAGAACCAAUGCAAUGCCAAACAACACAAGGGGGCGAAACCUUGCCUUGUCUAACUAGAUUAUUCUGCCUUUCAGGUGCUUUCCCCUUCAGUUUAACAAUAGUAGCUGUGAUUCAUAUGCUAAGAAGUGAACAGUAUAUAGCAGCAUGUUAUCAUUUAAGACCCGAUCCUGCAAACUGUUCUGCUGAAGACAAGGACCAGGGCUUUAGUUGUCAAUCCAGCUGUAUCUGUUGGGAUGGUAUCCUACUUAAAAGGCUGCACGUAACUUCCCUUGCCGUUCAACCCUGUGAUCACAAUACUUGAAAAGAGGAAUGUCUGGUAAGGACUUUCCAUAUGGUUGGCAUGGCAUAUGAAUGUCAGCGUACUCCCCUCCAUGUAAUUUAGGCGUGUCCAAAGUACAUCCCCAGGAGAGCGGCUGCCUGCUACUGCUCCCUCUCUGUAAUCAUAGAGCAAAGAGAAAGGUGAUCAACUUCACGUUUAUUGUCAGUGAAUCAAACAAGUAGCAGACAACAUUGCAAUUCCUAGAGAUGAAAAAGUGUGCGCCUUUCUGUGGAAUCCACUGAAUUACCAGAGAUAGGUAGUCCUAUAAAAACCUGCAGCAAUUGUUCUAUGAAGGAAAAUACAAGAGCACACAAAUGUUAUGGAUGUGUGCAUUCAUUUUUCAUUUUGAACAUACGGCCUUUGAAAACCAGACCUCUUAUCUAGGUGUCUAAGUACAGAUUUAGGAGCCCAAGUUUGAAAAUUUUGGUCUAUAUAACUUCUGUCUAAACUACAUGUGGCUCUUAGUUUCCUGGUAACGAGUCGAUGUGGUUCUUUUCACAAAGUUUGGAUAUCCCUGAUAUCAGAAGAAUGAUAAUAUUUUAAAACGCUGAAGUCAGAGAAUCACAAUGUUAACAUUAGCAUUGAAAUAUUUAGUAGCUCGGAUAUGGUACAGUACACUUCAAAUUGAAGCAAUGUACUUCAAUGUGUCUUUGAUUAUCAGCAUUUUCAAACCAUUAAAUGCUUGAAAACUACAGAUGUCACAUAAUUUACAUCUGAUGCAAUUAUUAAUAACACAUUAUAUUUAACUGACUCUUCCUCAUUUUAAAGCCGAGCAGGAAUUUUUGUUGAUGAACUUGUGAAAAAAUAUUUUUAAAAUGUAUAUUUGAAUGAUAUACUUUACUGAAUCUAAAUUGCUUCUCAACUCUGUGAUAUCUGGAGUGCCAUAGGUCUCUCAAACUGAGAUUAAUUGAAUGUAUACAAUCUUGUUCACAAAACAUAAAUAUGUAUAUCUUUAGAUUGUAGGCAUUCUGGUACUGUUCAGUUUAUAUGCAGUAAUACUUUUUAAAUUAAAAAAAAAUUGAAUGCUUGACCGUCAGUGCAAGAAUACCCAAAAGCAUUAACUACCUAUUUUUGGUAUUUUUUCCUACUAAGAGUGUUGACUAUGUUUAUAUUAAGGAAUUGGCCUCAUCGCACAUUCUUCUUGCAAUAUGGUUUUCACUCACUCAGAUAUUUGCACAGGCUUGAUCAAAGGAAUAAUAAGACUUUGAGAUUAUAUGAGUUUGCAACAUCAUAAGUGAAAUUGUAUGUUUGCUUAUUUUCUAAGCACAUCAAAAAGACUGUAUUUUAUGACUGACACAAUCAAAAUUCCUCAUAAUUCCUUCAUGUUUACCAGUGCAAGAAGAUCUUAAAUGCAGCUGAGAAUACUAUCCCUACACUAACCCUGUAUAAAAGCCUUGUGUUUGGGGGAUUCUUUUAACAUGUCACUUUCUAUCACAGUUGCUUACACCUUAUACUAACAUGGCUGAAUAAUGCUUGUACACAUCUAGCGCCUUCAUCAGACCUCACUAAUGUACUGCUAGUUCUCCGAGUGCUUGCUCAUGUGUAUUCCACAGUAGGUGUGUG